AUGAAGGAGUCUAAAGCUCAAUCCAAAAGAACUUCUAAUGGUCAUAAACAAAAGCUUCAUCAUGCUCGUAAGGGACGUCAAGAAACAAGGAAUCAUAUAGAUUCUCUGUUACCUUUCAAAUUAGCAAUGUGGGAUUUUGAUCAUUGUGAUCCUAAAAGAUGUUCUGGUAAGAAGCUUGAAAGAUUAGGAUAUAUAAAAAAUUUAAGAAUAGGUCAAAAAUUCCAAGGUAUAGUGGUUUCACCCAAUGGUAAAGGAGUGGUUUGUCCUGAUGACAAAGAAAUUGUGGAAAAAUUCGGUGCUGCAGUUGUUGAAUGUAGUUGGGCUAGACUUGAUGAAGUACCAUUUAAUAAAAUUGGUGGUAAGCAUGAAAGAUUAUUACCAUAUUUCGUAGCAACUAACCCUGUUAAUUAUGGAAGACCUUGGAGACUUAAUUGUGUAGAAGCUUUGGCUGCAUGUUUGGCAAUUGUGGGAAGAGAAGAUUGGGCAGAAUUAAUUUUAGAGAAAUUCACUUGGGGUCUCAAUUUUUUAUCAGUAAACAAAGAAUUGAUUGAAUUAUAUCAAAGUUGUAGUGAUGCCGAAAGUGUUACUAAAGCCCAAGAUGAAUAUUUAGAAAAAUUGGCCGAAGAAAGUAAAGCCAGGAAAGAACAAACUAAAACUGAAGAUGUUUGGAUGAUGGGUAAUACUAAUAGAACAGCCGAAGAUGACAUUUCAGAGUCAGAAGAAGAUUAUGAAGAAGAAACGGAGGAAUCAGAAGGUGAAUAUGAUGCUUUAGGUAACAAAAUACAAAAAUAUGAUGCAUUAGGUAAUAAAAUAGAUAAAUUCGGGAAUAUAAUAGAUGAAGAAUCAGAAGAGUCCGAAGAAGAAGAUUCAGAAGAUUAUGAAAACACCGACGAUGAACAAUAUGACGCAUUAGGCAAUAGAAUAGUUCCUAUUGCGCAAAUCGAUGAGGAUGGAAGUGAAGAUAAUGAUUCCGAAACAACGGAAUUUCACAUUAAUGAGAACCUACAAAAAUUAAAUAUAUAA